UGUCAGGGGACAGUGACAGUGCCGGACGAUGUUUUUCACUACAGUUCUGUUGGCAGUGUUGCAAGGUUAAGGAAUAAAUGCCUAUUUGCAAGUCUUCAUCUGUUUGUAAUUCUGCAAACAUGCCAGGAGAAUCCACUAUGAUGAACUCGGAAGAGAUUAAUGAUGAGAGUUUUGUAUCUGCAAGAAUCUCCAGUGGUCAGCCAACUUCAUCUGGUAUUCACCACACGAACAAACAAAGGCAAAAGAAAAUUUACCACUGCUCUGAGUGUGGGAAAAGCUUUAGUAAUGGAGGAAAUCUCAAAACGCACCAGCGCACCCACACAGGAGAGAAGCCAUAUCACUGCUCCCAGUGUGGUAAGAGUUUUACUCAGAGAGGACAUUUCAUGCAACACCAGAGGAUUCACACGGGAGAGAAACCAUAUCACUGCUCACAGUGUGGGAAAAACUUUAGUCUCCUCGGAACUCUCAAAACACACCAGCGCAUUCACACAGGACCGUAUCAUUGCUCACAGUGUGGGAUGAGUUUUACCCGUGAGGACGCCUUCCAACAACACCAACGCAUUCACAUGGGAGAGAAGCCAUAUUACUGCUCCCAGUGUGGAAAAAGCUUUAGUGAUGGUGGCUCUCUCAAAAGACAUCAGUACAUUCACACAAGAGAGAAACCGUAUCAGUGCUCAGAGUGUGGAAAAAGCUUUAGUGAUGGAGGAUCUCUCAGAACACACCAGCGCAUUCACACAGGAGAGAAGCCAUAUCGCUGCUCACAGUGUGGAAGAAGCUUUAGGGUGAGAGGAUCUCUCAAAAAACACGAGCGCCUCCACACAGGAGAGAAACCAUAUCACUGCUCACAGUGUGGAAAAAGCUUUAUUGAUGGAGAAACACUUAAAAACCACCAGCGCAUUCACACGGGAGAGAAGCCAUAUCACUGCUCACACUGUGCAAAGAGGUUUUCUGAUAGAGCAAAUUUCAAGAAACACCAGCGCAUUCACACAGGAGAGAAGCCGUAUUACUGCUCACAGUGUGGAAAAAGCUUUGCUGAUGGAGGAACACUCAAAAUCCACCAGCGCAUCCACACAGGAGAGAAGCCGUAUCAUUGCACAGAGUGUGGAAAAAGCUUUAGGCAGGUCGGAAGUUUCAAAAUACACCAGCGCAUUCACACAGGAGUGAAGCCGUAUUACUGCUCACAUUGUGGUUUGUGCUUCAGUUGUUCAAGUGCACUUAAGAAACACAAGUGCAUAACAGUGGAGCUGUUGGUAUGUAGCACAUGAGUUUGUUAAGUCAGAAAUAUAAUUAUUAUUAUUCAGGGUGUAAUGAUACACAGUUCGUUUUGAUUCAUGUU